UGUCACAUUAACGCGGGAAAGUAAAUCACCGGCAAAAAGACACGUGCCGAUAAUAAUUCGUCUUUAAGUGGUUUCGGGUAUCCAGCAGAAUAUGUUUUCAUUACCUUCUUAGGACACAUGACGUGUAAUUUAGGAUAAAACGCUGGAGCAGCCUUCUUUAGGGAAAUUAGUAUAUACUCUUGUAGCAAAAUGGAUUUGAAUAAGUUUAACAUUGAUGCACCUCGAUGGGACCAAUCUACCUUUAUUGGACGCCUUAAACACUUCUUUAAUAUCACGGAUCCUCGAACUGUGCUGUUGUCUAAUGCUCGGCUAGAUGAAGCCAAAUCACUUGUAGAAAAAUGCAGGGCGGGUACUGUACCACCUGGCACCACAGAAGAGCAGCUUCAUUAUGCCAAAAAGUUAUAUGAUUCCGCUUUUCACCCAGACACAGGAGAUCGCAUGAAUCUGAUUGGUCGGAUGUCCUUUCAGGUCCCUGGCGGUAUGGCGAUCACUGGAUUUAUGUUGCAGUUCUACAGAACAGUACCAGCAGUUGUGUUUUGGCAGUGGGUAAACCAGUCGUUUAACGCCUUAGUAAACUACACCAACAGGAAUGCAGCAUCGCCUAUCACCCCAACACAGAUUGGCAUUGCUUAUUUAACAGCCACUAGCACCGCCCUGGCCACAGCAGUGGGGCUGAACCUUUACACCAAGAAAGCUCCCCCACUGGUGGCUCGGUGGGUUCCUUUCGCUGCUGUGGCUGCAGCCAACUGUGUGAACAUCCCAAUGAUGAGACAGCAAGAAGUACUCAACGGAAUUACAGUAAUGGAUGAAAAUGACAACAAAUUAGGGUGCUCACGGAAAGCUGCCGUGAAGGGGAUUACACAGGUGGUCAUUUCCAGAGUUGCCAUGGCAGCCCCAGGAAUGAUUAUUUUGCCAAUUAUAAUGGAGAGGCUGGAGAAGUAUCCUUUCAUGCAGAGAAUCAAGUUUCUUCAUGCACCAAUGCAAGUGAUGAUGGUGGGAGUUUUCUUGAUCUUCAUGGUGCCUGCCGCCUGCUCUCUUUUCCCUCAGAGAUGUUCAAUAGCUGUGUCCAAGCUGGAGCCAGAUCUAAGGGAGUCCAUUCAGGAACGCUACGGGAAUACUCUGAAGUACGUUUACUUCAACAAGGGACUGUAACUGCACCGAGUUCAGAACUGUCAGCAGCACUGGCCAGUGGAUAUGGACACUUCACCUGUUACACUAGGUCUUUUUAAAUUGUUGGUUUUAUCGAAGUGUGCUGUCUUCAUGGAGUCGUAUGUCUUUACCUGGCAAAUACUGUUAAUGUAAUAACAUACUUGAAUCAGGCAAUUUUUGAAGAAUAAAUUUCACUUGAAAUUAAA